CACUAUCCACUCCCAGCAACCACUGCGGCUGCUUGUUGUCACGGUUUAGUCCAUUCCGCGGAGGCCCCUAUGUUUGGAAAAUUGCUAGCUAAAUAUAUAGCUAGCUAGCAAUAGCUAUAUUGUUCUUGGAGGAAAACGAGUUAAUAACGAAUUCCGUUGCGAGUUGGAGAAAAAUAAACUCUCAGAAAUGGAGACUGCAGGAUGCACAGAGACACAGGCGCAAUUGUUCAAUGCUGAACAACAGGCACAAAAUCCUGCAGGUGGAUACAGCUGGGAAGUAACUGACAUGACCCGACUGCGUCGUUUUCUGUGCUUCGGAUCGGAAGCAGGUACAUACAGUAUAAAGGAGCACCGGCUUGGCAUGGAGAAUGCAACAGUGCUGAUACGACUAAUAGAAGAGGGCAGAGGCUGUGAAGUGGUUCAAGAAAUAAAGAAAUUCAGCCUUGACUGCCCAGCAUCGAAGACAAACCCUGCUCUCUUUGCCCUUGCGGUCUGUUCUCAGCACUGUGAUGUUAAAACCAAGCAGGCUGCCUUCAAGGCCUUGAAAGACAUCUGCCGCCUUCCAACGCACCUGUUCACCUUCGUCCAGUUCAAGAAAGACCUGAAGGAAGGCAUGAAAUGUGGCAUAUGGGGGCGAGCAUUGCGAAAAGCGGUUGCGGACUGGUAUAACGAGAAAGACGCAAUGAGUUUGGCGCUGGCUGUUACCAAGUAUAAGCAAAGGACGGGCUGGUCGCACCAGGACCUGCUGAGGCUGUCUCACAUGAAGCCUGCAAAUGAAGCUAUUGCAGUGAUCAGUAAGUAUGUAACAAAAGGGUGGAAGGAGGUUCAGAAGUCCUAUGGCGAUAAGGAGAAUGUGGAGGAAACCACCAACGUUCUCCAGUACUUGGAGGCAGUGGAGAAAGCAAAACACUCUGAGGAUGAGUUGGAAAUUAUCCACCUUAUAGAGGAGCACAGGCUGGAGAGAGAACAGUUGCUGACCAACCACCUGAAGUCCAAAGAGGUUUGGAAGGCUUUGCUGAAAGAGAUGCCUGUGGCUGAAGUGCUACGGAACUUGGGUAAAAUGACUGGUGACAAGGUCCUCGAACCUGGAAGUUCGGACAUUGCUGCUCUUUGCGAGAGGCUGCAGAAUGACUCCAUGCUGAAGAAGGCUAAAAUUCACCCCUUCCACAUCCUGGUGGCUUCACAAGCCUACAAGAAAGGUCAUGGGAAUAGAGGAAAAUUAAAGUGGGAACCAGACGAAGGCAUUAUCCAAGCUCUGGACAAAGCCUUUUACAAAUGUUUUCUUAAUGUUGAAGCCACCGGGAAGCGGUUUGUAGUGGGCGUGGAUGUCAGCGCACCGAUGAAUGCUACAGGACUGGGGAGUCCCGUCGAUGCGGUCACCACAGCUGCAGCUAUGAGCAUGGUUGUUGUACGGACAGAGGUGGAUUCCCAGAUCCUUGUCUUUUCUGAAGGAGCUGUCUCUCCCUGUCCAGUCACUGCCCACAUGUCUCUCACAGAAGUAACAGAGGAAUUGGUCAAGAUUCCCAGUCUUAGCACAGACUGUGCCCUUCCAGUCCUGUGGGCAACAGAAACGGGGAAGGCAGCAGACGUGUUUAUCAUUCUCACCAACAACGACACCUGGUUCGGGAAGAUCCACCCAGUAGAGGCCUUGCAGAUGCACAGACAAAAACUGGGAGUGUUCUCAAAGUUGAUAGUGUGCGGGCUCACUUCGAACAGCCUCGGGGUUGCUGACCCAGAUGACCGAGGCAUGCUGGAGGUGUGUGGUUUUGACUCUGGAGCUUUGGAAGUCCUUAACAACUUUGUUCUGGAUCUCAUUUGAGAAAAAUUAAAGGAGUUUGAAAAUAACGUUUCAAAAGUAAAAAAACAGACAUGCCAUUGGAUCUGUAUGGCGGCUGAAUUUUGUAAAGGACGGUGCCCAGAAAAGCAAACGACAACAAAAACACUGUAAACUGUAACACUAAACAAAACAAGAAAUUGCAAAGUGGACCAUCUGUCAAGGACUUACUUCAGUCACUGAAGAAGGAGAAACACUUUUGUUUUCAAUGCUUUUUAAAGGUCCAGCAGGCUGGAUAUAUCUGUAUUUAAGUGUAAGAAGUUCAUGUAAUGAAAUGUGAGUGUGGGGGUCGGUUGGGGUCAGCAUUAAAUUACAUCAAAAUGUAAUUUUUCCAUUGCGGCCAAAUGGUUUUUCUUUCCGAAUGUUGAUUCAAUGGCAAAGGAGUGAGGUCUGGUUUUGUUGUCUCAAGCAGUCAGUAGCCUAGUGGUGGGGCUGGGACUGGGAAGGUUGGUGGUUCAAGCCCCGGUGUAGCCAAAAUUAACAUCCGCACGACUGUUGGAACCCUUCAGCAAGGCCCAUAAUGCUCCAGGUGGGAUUGUGUCCCCUACUUAGUCUAAUCAACUGUAAGUUACUUCGGAUAAAAGCACCAGCAAAAUAACAGUAAUGUAAUAAGCAAUUAUUUUAGCUAAAAUGUUGCGUUCUGCUAAAGAUUAACACUUUAUCGAUGAAGGUUUGUGUGCCGAAAUCCUUAUGCCAUAAGCAAAACAAUUCUGUAGUUUUUUUUAUAUAUAUAUGGUGCAAUCCAUAAGUAUUUGGACAGUGACACAGUUUUUUGUUAUUUUUUGCUCUGUUUCCAGCACAUCGCAUAUGAAAUUAAACCAUUCUUUCAUUUCCGUAUUUACAUCCAUAUUGGAUCAUCCGUAUGAGAAUUACAGGCCUUUUUUUUUUCUUUUUCUCUUCACAUAGUCCCCUCCGUUUUAGAGGAGCAAAGGUAAUUAGUAAAAUGAACAUCGGACAGAACGUUCGUCAUGUUCAGUACGUGACUGCGCUUGAUAACUGGCUUAAGUUCGGGACCCAUAGACACACAGAUUCUUUCCUGGUGGCUGGCAAGGCCGUCUUUGAGGGGGAUUUUUGCUUUCUGCAAGUGAAAAGCAUGUUCAUUUGGAUUCAGGAUUGGCUCAAUUUAUGUAUAAUUCGUUAUAUCCAGCCUUGGUCACAUUUGUAACAUCACUAUGCAUCCAUUUUUUCACACCCAAUGUUUUUGGUUAUGUCUCUAAUCGAUUUUCAGCCUCAUAUUGGCCUGCUUGACUGGCAUCGACAGUGGUCCUCAUGUUGACACAAUGGCGACAUACUCCAAAUGCAAAUUCUACACCUAGAAUCAACUCUAGACAUGUUGUUGGUUUUUUGUUUGUCCAAGAAACAGUUGUGCAGACUAUAUUGUCUAAUAUGCUGACUUAAUUUCAGAUUGUUAAUUUAACCAAUUACUUUUCCUAAAAUUUGGGGGCUAUGUAGAAGGGCAGUAAUUCUUAACCUGUUCACCCGAUAUGGAUGUAAAUGCCCUCAUACCCUUGGAUGUUGUACUCAUGGUUUCAUUUCAAGUCCAAUGUGCUACAAAACAGAGCUAAAACUCCAGCAAAUGAUGAUGUUGAUGUCUAUAUAGGAAUUAAGAGAUCACUAUAGACUGGUGUUUUGUGUUGCUCUUUAUUGAAACUUUCAUUCUACUUGGUCAUACCCUUAGGUCAGACCAAUUGAGAGGGGUACUUAUUUUAGGGCCUAGAUGAGAGCACAUAUUACUCAUAUUAACAUUACUAUUAUUGCUUAAUAGGUCAGGUGAUUAUGGUUUUUGUUUUUUAUUCCAUUUUAUCAGAAAUCAUUUUACACCAGUAGCAGUAGAACAGUAGCAACACAUUUGGAAGAUAAAGUCCUUUUGCUAUUACCGUAUUCUGUGUUCUAUGUUCUGUUUAUGCCCAUCCAUUUAUGCUGAACAGUGUAAUGUUUGCUAUGCAUUACCAAUAGUGUUUUCUAUCACUGUAUUGUGCGUCUAAUGUUCCAGUCCAGCUCUUUAAUUGUCUGGUCAAAUUAAGGCUGCUAGGAAGUGUGGAACAUACUGUAUUAAAUUUAAGACAGUAAAAACACUUAAAAGGACAUUUAAGAAUGUUAGUUAUGCAAAGAUUAAUUUAAACUAAUGCACCAGUAGUAUUUCACUACUUUUUAGAUGUAACGGAUACAACUGAAUGUACCUUUGUAAAGUUUCUGUAUCACUUUAGAACUGUAUUUUAAAUUGAAAUGCUUUAUACUUAUACAUAUGGAUAAAUAAACAAGACAAAUAGUAAUACUUUACGCUGAGGGGUCAAUUCAGUCAUUGGACGAUAGCUGAAGUUCAUUCAAUGACUUCAGACUAGUAACUCAAUGUAACAUUACCUCUUUUGUCAAAACCAACCAAAUCUUUGUUAACUGUUCCUACUUGAUUAAACUGACCCCUAAGAAGAAAAUACUAAUUGUCUGACCAUUUAACUGUGAUUUACGGAUCCCAUCUAAUCUGUUGUCAAUUUAUGAUUUUUUGUUUUAUUUUGCAGUUGUUCCUAACAAGCAUGCAGUACAGGGUCUUUCAUUUCACAGAUGGUCCAGCUCUCCAGUGACCUUGUAGUCAUGCCUUUUUCAUAGGCCAUUAGACCAUUAGAAAAAAUGAACUGAAGUUGAUGGACAAGUAACUUUCUCAAUCUGAGGCAUUGGUAUUUCAAAUUUGUUUGCAUAGUGGGUAGUAUCCUGUAGAAAAGAAUGCAUGUUGUGAACCUGAUAUGAAAAAAAGGGUUACUUUAUUAUGUAUGUUUCUAAAACAUUAUGUAGAUCUAUACUCUUUAUGUCUGUGCUGUAACAGUUUAGCAGUCAGUGUAGGCAGAAUACCAUUGCUAAUUCAAAUCAGCCUCAGAAACGUAUCUGGACACUUGCACCGAGUAGAUGUACAUUAAAAAGCAUUUAAUUUUAUCUGACACAAUGUGACAUUUUUUCAAAUUCAAGUUGAACCAAUCUAAAAAUAUUGAAAAACUGAAUUGAAUGUGUGAAGGUUUUCCUGACUAUAGAACCUCUGUUUUAGGAAAGCAGUACUACCUCCUACUCAAUCCUGUUCUCAGCCUUAAGCUUCCUUACUUCAUUGGUCUCAUUUGAUCUUCCUAAUAUAUAACAAACUUGCAAGCUUUCUAGUUUAGCUAGCUAGCUAGCUCGUGAAUGUUCACCAGGCAAAUUGUCUUUUUUUCAGGUUUCUUACCUCCAUAGUGCCAUAUUGGUGAUUGUGUUGGGAUUACAGUAAUUGUGAAAUAUUUGUCCCAACACUUUUGAAAUAGCAGUUUUGUGUGUGACUUGUUCUGUACUGCAAAGUUGCUGUGUGCAUGAUGAUAUAAUGGUCGCUAUUGCUUCUGCUUUUUUUUUUCUUUUUUUUUUACACAUUCAUAUUCCCAUAUUUCUUCCUGAUACCAUUUCUUGUCAUAGCUUGAUAUAACAUGGGGCUAAUUAAUUUCUCUGAGGGAUGAGUUAUAAUAGGUAGCUAGCUACCCCUUUGAUUGUUCAGUUUUGCUUGACUACCAUGUAGCUAUCAUUUUUAAAGUAAUAGGCUAAGUCCUUUGUCUUAUUUAUGUUCUAAAACCUGAGUAAAGUGUAAAAAAGUACACAUCAUUAAAGGCUUUCCUGUGCAA